GUGACUAGGCGAGCUGAAACCGCUAGGCCACUGAUCCGUACCUGUCUUCUUCGCUUCCUUUUGCCAUGGUUGAUCAACAUUGAAUUAGUAGAUCUGAUAGAGGAUCGCGCUCGCCCCCAAACAUCCAAUGCUGAGACCACUUGCCAAUGUGGUCAGUCACUAGUGCAUAAACAACAGCAGCAACACCUCUCACCUGAGCACCAUUGUCAAAGUGGAUGCCUUUGUGAGCAAGCUAAUAUUAACCACAUGCAACGUGCUAUUCCAGCUGGGCAACGUGGACACCCUAAUUCGCAGAAGCAACAAAGCCAUAAUCAUCAUCAUUAUCAUAAUCAUCUUCCUUAUUCAAAUUACUGGAGUGAUGCAACCACAACCUCGGAGGCCGAAGAGACUGUGAAUAUGGGUCAAAAUGAGCCAGCUACUCGUGCGAGGACAAGGCGGCGGCAUCGAGAUACCAUCGGAGUAAGCAGUGGAGGCAAUGCCAACCAUAUUGGCCACCGCUCUUGGUCUUCGGAGGCCGAUACUUCUAUAAAUACUCCCAGAAGUCGACUGCAAAAGCAACGGCGACAUCAUCCGCAAUCUAGUGACAGCGUGGAUAGUUGUAGUAGUGAAAGUAGUGACCAUUUCGCCGACUCCGGUGCUAUGGAGGUUGGUGCUGUCUCUCGACGAAAACAAUGCGCUACUGCUGAGAGUAGCUGCGUCGUCAAUGACUAUGAGUUAGCAAACCAGUGUGAGAAUACUGGCUGGAAGGGAGAAGGAGAGACAGAAGAUGAUCAUGAUGCUUAUCUAGACCGGCUUGUUUCUGUGCCAAAGUCCGUAGCUGAUCAAGUCGGUCUCAAGACUCGAACCCUGCCCAGACAGGGUUCAUCUGGACUGUUUCAGCAACUCCAUCACCAUAAUCGCCACCAGCAUCGAAACGAUGCGGCACAGGCAAGGAAUACCAUGGGCUCGCGAGGUGAAUCAACGAGUGCCAUGAUCGCUGAGCUGUUUGCCAAUGUUCCUUUGGCUCUGCGCGGGGACGGCUGGGGCUCUCGCGAAGCUACUGAGUUGGUUUUGAACAACCUCUUCCAUUUGACUCUUCGACUAGCUGACUGUCCCGAGGACCUACGCAUUCUGGAACAGCUUUGGUGUGUAUUGAUUCGAUACCGAUCGGGAAAUCUCUCCGUCAUUCUCCGCUAUCUUAUAAUUGUCACUUCGUUGGCUCCAUCUCUUAUCAUGUUUCCGCCUAGUCAUUCUCUCCGUGGCCUCUCCUAA